AGUUAGUGCUUGUAAUCCCUUACUCCAGAGACUUGGAAUUUCUAUCGUAGUAAUUAGCUGCGGAGUGCUCCGUACAAAUUGGUACGAUGUCCUCUUCACAGGGUUACAUUCCUGCCAACGUUCCCUUUCCUAUCGCAAUUCUCGCUGCAGCCGUCGGCCUGGUCUUCAUACUACGAAGCCAAAUAAUACAGACAUGUCUUAAGUCCUUGCUUUCCAGUGUAAUUAACACAAUCUUAUCUAACCGCUACCAAAUCAAACAUGUGAAGAAUGGUUCUGAUUUGCCAUCACUUCCAUAUGUCUUUCCUAAUGGCCAAGGAAACGUCGAGAAGUUUCUGAAUGGACGUGCGAACAGCGCCAAGUGGGAGAGUGAGCAUGGGAGUCUUUAUCGCCUAUGGUCAGGGAUGAAGGGGGAAGUCGUUCUAACCAAGCCCUCUCAUGUAGAGCUUGUAUUCCGUGAUUCUCACACACACAUCAAGGCCCACGCAAAUGACAGUGGUUACCUUAUGGAACGUCUUCUGGGAUCUUGCCUUGGUCUCAUCAGCGGCUCAUCCUGGAUCGCCGUUAAGACCGGGGUCGAGACGCCGUUCCUACACCGUUCAACGAGCGCAUAUGUUGCUGAUGUACAGGAUUUCACCAAGUCGUACAUGCGCACCUUGGGCGCAGAGAACAAGACGCUUAGGGAGCAAGGAAAACUACAUCCCGUGCGUGAUUUAAAAUUACUCCCGUUCCUCUUCGUCGCAAGGGUUGUGUAUGGGCCGCUGGAUGCGAUGCUAGAGCGAGAGCUUAGGGAUUUGAUCCCAAAUAGAGAGGAUUUAUUCAAGAACGUGAUUAGCGGGGGAAUCACAAGAUUCCCUAUCUCGCGAUUCCUCCCACUCCCAGCAAUACGCGCGCUUCGCCAUUUCAAAGAGCGCUGGGCAGACUGGAAUGAUAGGGCGUACGCGCACGCUCUCAACACCAAGGGAUCCGACGCAGCCCCUAUCAUCGGGAUGUACGAAGCCGUCGAGAAAGGGACUAUGUCACGCGAGGAACUCCUGCAGACUCUCGACGAGAUGAUGUUCGCAAACAUUGACGUGACUAUGGGCGGUAUGUCAUGGACCCUCGUGUUCCUAGCGACCCAUCCAACUGUACAGAAAGCGCUGCGCAGCGAGAUCCUCGCACAUUCCUCAGACCCAGCGACACGCAAUGCUUAUCUCCUUUCAUCAUGGACGACAACACCCACUCUCCUAGGCGCGUCUAUCCUAGAGUCCGCACGCCUGCGCCCGCUCGCCGCGUUCUCCACACCACAGGCAUGCCCGACGCCGCGCGUCCUCGACGGCUACGAAGUCCCCGCAGGCACUAACUUCGUCGUCGAUUCGUACGCGCUCAACAUCCGGGACCCGUUCUGGGGCGAGGACCGGGAGCGGUUCCGACCGCAACGGUGGCUUGAGCGGCAGAAGGGCGGACGCGACUUGCGGUAUCGUUAUUGGCGGUUUGGGUUUGGUCCACGGACCUGUCUGGGGAAGUACGUCGCGGAGUUGGUCCUGAGGAGCGUGGUUGUUGAGAUCUUGGAGACUUGGAAUAUUUCGUUGGAUGUUAAGGUAGGGAGGCAAGAAAAGGAGAAGAAAAUUGGUGGUGAUGGGGAGGAGGAGAAUAUGGAUUGGCCGUGGGAUGAUGAGAUGUGGAUCCAUCAUCCGGAUCUUUUGCUGAAGUGUGACUCUUUGACGAGGUAGUCUACGAAGGAGGUUGAGUUGAAUGAAAGGGUAAUUUUGAAAGAGUCGGGUCUGGUAUAGGCUGUUGGCUAUUCAUCUGUG